AAGGCUUUGCUUCCUGCUCGGCAGACGCCCCGGCGACUGGGUGCCUGUCUCCCUUGGGUGCCCAUGGAAGGAACGGGGAUCGUCCGCUUGGUGCAACAUGAAGGCCAGAGCUUCCUGUGCUAUUCCAGCUGCAGCGACGGCUCCCUCCGCUUCCACGUCACGAAUGCUUGGGAUUCCUGGAGCGGCGGCGUUGCUUCGCAUGAGUCGGGGGGAAAUCAGCCAUCUCUGGACGGGCCGGUUUCUUCCGACGAUCGGAUUUCUCAACUCAAAGACGCCUUCGAGAGCCAGUCUCCCGUUUUCUCCGUCCGCAAUAGUGAGGCCACCCUGACUUUCCAAGACGGCCGAGAGAGUUUGACCUUUGAGCUGCACAAAGACCCCGCCUCCGAGGCCCGGGAGCGAGUUCGGGAGCUCGUCUUCGACUUGGCGGCGCGGGUGCGAGAGCUGGAGAGGCGUCUUGGAGAAGGUGCCGCUUCUGCUGCUGCUCCGUCGCUGCUUGGGAGCCCCAGGAAGGACAUCCAAACGAGCCGGAGUCCCUUUGCGCCUGAACCAAGCUUGGCCAGGCUCCGGGCGGGAUCCGGCGCAGGGCAAGCGGCAGGCAAGAGGAAGCUCCCCGGAGAGUCCCUCAUCAACCCUGGAUUCAUCCGCAAGAAGACUCCCACCGGGGUAGAUUUUGAAGAUGCCUGAAUCGCACAGAGCUGCCAGCUGGUUUUAAUGUGUGUGUGUUUGAGAGCCAGUGUGGUGUAGAGGUUAAGAGCAGUAAUCUGGUGAAC